AUGAUGAAGAUCACGUACGUCGUGCACAUCGUAGUUUGUCUAGACACUGUAUUCGCUAGUAUUCGUCCAUUCACUGAGCUCAUUCACGUUUGUCAUCAACUACCGGUGGCUGGAUUUCUUACCAGUCAGCAGCUUGACUUGAUUUGUCAUCAUAGGGAACAAUGGAUGAAGGACAGGGAUUCGUUGUCAUCAAAGUCGGAGGUGGUGCAGGAAACUACGGUGGAUCAAUUGAACUAUCUACGUGAUUUGGAGGAUUGUACACGCCGUAACUGUAUUGAGGUCGCAAGAAGACGAAAGAAACGACAAUUCACCAAGUCGAUCCGUAGAGAGAUUCGAAUGCUUAGCUUUGAUGAACGUGAACGAUUAUGGAAAGCGAUGAACGCACUUAAAUCGACCACCAUCGAUAAUAUCACCGUUUGGGAUUUGCACACCUUAGUACACUAUCCGGAUAGUGCCCCAGGCGCCCAUUGGGGCCCAGCUUUUCUGCCAUGGCAUCGGGAAUUCCUACGUCAAUUCGAAGUUGCUUUACAACGUGAGGAUCCUACCGUAUCAUUGCCAUACUGGGACUCAACGCUGGACCAAGGUCUUCCCGAACCGUCCGACAGUGUGAUGUGGAGUGAUGAACUGCUUGGUAACGGUAAUGGUUAUGUGAAAACUGGUCCUUUCAAGAAUUGGGACACAAAUGUUCUGAUGCCGCUCAGCCAAAUUCCGGUUAAACAACUGUAUAGAUCAACCGGGGGUCGAGAACAAGAUCGUCUGAUGACACCGAAAGAUAUUGAUUGGGUGAUAUCUCGCAAUAACUACAGCCAGUUAACCUUCUGUCACGAUAAAACGUUCGAAAGCAUGCAUGGACUUAGUCACGUUUGGGUUGGAGGAUUUAUGUUCGUGAUAAGGGUGAGCCCCAACGAUCCUAUGUUCUAUCUGCAUCACGCGUUCGUAGAUUACCUUUGGGAGCAAUUCAGAAAACAAAAACAGACCAGAGAGGAACGAGAAACACAGUGGGCAACGGAUACUUGCAAUUCCCUACAUGGCUACGAUGAGCAGAUGAAGCCAUUCCGACUCCAGAAUAGAGACGGACUCAGUAACCAGUACACUGAUGAUUGGUAUGAAUACGAACCAGUGCGACAUUGUACUCCGGAAGAACCGGAUUGCGAUUCUAUGUACUAUUGGUGCGAUACGAAAGCGUGGCGUUGUAGGAGCAAGGUUGUGCUGGGUGGAAACUGUACCGGAUUUGAGGGCACUGCAAUCUGUCACAAUUCAGUAUGCCAUCAAAAUCGUUGCCAACUACCACCACGAGUGUUGCAGUCAAUGAGACAUCGUAAAUCUGUGGAUUUUCCUGCUGGAGAAAAUGUGUGGACGAAAACGUUGCUUUUAGAUCAAAAUGGAAAAGGCAUCCGCGAUGAUCUCGCUCAGGUCAAAACGAUCAAUGUGCUUACGUCAGAAGAGUCUAUAGCUUACCAGGAGGCGGAUCCGCUCUAUCCUGAAAUCGACGGCAUUGUUUAUUUAUCGAUUCCAAAGCCACGUGCUGGACUGAUCCAGGAAGUGACCUUUGAGGCACUGGAUGGUUACGGUCGUUAUUGUCAAGCGCACUGCUACAACGCUACUGCAGAGCGCUACCAGGUUUGUCAACCUCGCCUAAAAAUUGGCGUUCGUGCGGAAUCGUCGUCUGGUAUUUCCUAUACGCAUUCGCUGUCAUCCAGAAGAUUCCUUGACGUCGAUCUCAGUGUUCAUCCUCGUCAAAUCAUGGUCUCUGCUCCAUUCAUUGUUUUUGCUUGCUCACGAAAGCUGAUGACUUCUUCAAUGAUUACGUCGUUGGCGGAGAACACUCGACCACCGCAAUCACGAGAGCCAUACGUAUGGUUCAGGGUUACUGUACGUCGACACGUGUCGCAAAAUCUACAAGUAGAGGCAGCUUCUUCUACUGGUUCAGUGUGGUCGUCGUCCGUUAGGAAAGCAGCCUCACCUUUCGAUCCGAAUCUAAUAUUUGUACAGGCUCCGAAUCCAGAUGUCAAUGGUGGUGGAGUGAAGGUUACUGUCACUAUACUUGAGGGAGGAAUGCGAAUUAAGUGCGCCAUUAAAUGCACUAAGAAAGAUGGUUCUUUGCGCAUAUGUGACGGAAGUGUUCAGCUGCAUUCUGAACCAGCACUAUCCGAAGAAGACGUGUACACCUCGGAUCAAGGCGCUCUCAAUCUACUCGGAUGGAAUAUGCGUGGUCAUCCGGCACAAUGGCGUCAUAAAUCCAACAGAUACAAAACUUUCGUGGAUUCAGAAGAAAACGAAGGACAGUGCGUCUUCCAGAAAUCCCACUCUUCCAAAAAAAUGCCCGAUUACUGGAAAUCAAUCUUGUCCUUGAAAAUCUCCGGAGAUCUUUCUCGCAAAGAGCUGUCGUCAAAGACUUUUGUCAAGAAGGUUGACGAUUUUUGA